AUGGUUGGAUCACUACUAGGAUACCUCGGCUUCAGAGGCAGCCGUACUGCUGUCACACCCAAAACAAAGCCGUUGCCAGCGAAGGUGCAACCGGUGCGCGCGCUGCCAGCAAACUGCAAGACCGGGGACUGGCUACACUACGACAUCGCCAACUACGAUGUUGUGAUCCACAAGAACAUCGCGGGCGAGAUCAAAGCUCAUCGUGGUGCUCAGACCCUUGACACUCUUGACGCCAGCUCCUCAAACUCGAUGCACGUGCGCAUCGAUAGAAACGGGUUCAUAUGGAUCAAUAUGGACCCCCACGACAAGCCCGAAGUAGCUUGGGAGGAUCGAUUCGACCAUAUCGACGAGCAGACCCGAUUUGACCAGUUCAACUUCGACGACUACGAGUUCGACCACACCUGGAACCUAGUCGGUCCCUUCAACUGGAAGAUUCUCGCAGACAACUUCAACGAGUGCUACCACUGUGCGACUACCCACCCCGAUCUCACAACCGGUCUGAUCGACCUCGAGUCCUACGACGUAUAUUGCGACCCCAAGGGCGACCACAUCCAGCACAAGCCCAACACACCCGAAGAUCGCAAGGCUCUCGGCCAAGAGAUCUGUUCCACAUACUGCUUCCCCAACGUCUCCUUCACAAUCACAAAACACUUCCUCUUCAUCCAAAAGUUCAUGCCAAAGUCCCCGCGGGAAAGCAUGAUGUACUACGAGGUGUGGCGCAACAGGAACUCAGCCGAGGAGGACUUCCUUCUUAUCAGCGACACCUACAAGCGCGUCAUGAGCGAGGACAAGGUCCUCUGCGAGCGAUCGCAGAAGAACAUCGAGGCGGGCAUCUUCGUCAACGGCGAGCUUCACCCGCACAAGGAGAAGGGGCCUAUCUUUUUCCAGAAGAGGUGUCGCGAGGUCGUGGUCGAGCACGCGUCUCGAGAGCGGCGCGAGGGUAGGAAAAUUGGACUAUAGCGUAUGUUUUCUUGUUG